GUGCGCGCCGCGCGCGCGACCAAAAAUCCAAUAAAUACUGUCACGGGUGCCAUCGUGCGGCGCCAGUUGUGCAUUGUAUUUGGUGAACGACGCAGCUUCUCGCUUCUUCUACCCGCAUCAGAGGCAGAGCAACAAAUAGAACCACCCUCUCCUCCGCAAUUCGAAACGACUGUACGUGUGUGUGUUCGUGCCCGUACCUCUGUGUGUGUGUUUGUGUGGACGUGUACGUGUGCGUACUCGAUUGGUGUGAAAUUUUCCUCCAACCAAACAGCGGCAGAAGCGGAAAACGUUUGUUUUUUCCCCGUGCACAAAACCCCGAAAACGAGUAGACCGCCGCGACCGUGACCGCGCAUACAACUGUGCUUGAGUGUGUGUGUGUCAGUGAGUGUGUGCUUGUGUGCGAGCGUGUUUGUUUUACCGAUUGUGUGCGCCACCCAUAUCCCGGGUCCCGGUGUCACGAUAAAGUAACCCGCAGUAGCAGCAGCAGCAACAUUAGCUCUACCUCUACCGCCGCACCCCGCCGGCUGCAACCAAAUACCACAUCACCCACCAACCCACCCACCUACCCGAGCGCUCGCGCUGUAACCGGACAAUCAUCAUGGCGGACAAUGGCAACAAACGCAACAUCCCCAUCAAACUCGGCGACUUCAGCGUAAUCGAUACGGAGUUUUCCAGCAUUCGCGAGCGCUUCGACUCGGAGAUGCGCAAGAUGGAGGAGGAAAUGGCUAAAUUUAGAUCGGACCUGAUGAACCGCGAGUCGAGCUUCUUCGAGACCAGCUUCUCCUCCAAGAAGAUGGCAACAUCUUCCAGUACCGCCACCUCUAACGCGACUACCUCAGCGAAGCCGCAUUCGCAAACGCAAAGUGCCUCGGACAUAAGCUCCCCGUUGAUCCAGGAUGAGGGAGAUAACAAGGUGCUGAAGCUGCGCUUCGAUGUUAGCCAGUACGCACCGGAGGAGAUCGUGGUGAAGACGGUCGACAACAAGCUGCUGGUACACGCGAAGCACGAGGAGAAAUCGGAUACCAAGUCGGUGUACAGGGAGUACAACCGCGAGUUUCUGCUGCCGAAGGGUUGCAACCCGGAGCUGAUUAAGUCGUCCCUCAGCAAGGAUGGCGUGCUGACGGUUGACGCACCCCUGCCGCCGCAGGCGCUGACUGCCGGCGAAACGAUGAUUCCGAUCGCGCACAACUAAGUGACCGACUAACGGUACCGAAGACGGAUGACUUGUGGGCGUGUGUAGGGUGCUCCGGAGCCGAACCAAGAUACAACCUUAACCUUCUUCCCCCAUCCAACCAUCCAUUUUCUUCCUUUCCCCAGUUUGGGUGACAAUACCUGAGAGUGUAAUUGCGACUUUGCUAUUGCGCUUUCCGGUUUGGCACAAUUGCUCUGUUGUGUGUGUCGGUGUGUUAUUGAUGCACCCUUGAGUGGUACGAAGGUCGUGGUCAAUCCUCCGCCGGUGCUGGUGCUGGAAGGGGAUUCGUUUUUUUUCCUUCAGAGCACCCGGCCCCUGCUAGUGGCCGCGGUUGCUUUUCAUCGGGAGUUUUCUUUGCUCCGAACGAUCACGUGUAUCCGGUUGUGGCCUUAUCCGCGACAGUUUGUGCUUUUGCAUGCGCCCUGCUCAACCUUCCAUCCCCUCAGUACAGACGGCAGCAACAAUCAGGCAGCAGGCAAAUGACUGCGCCGCCACAACAGCAACACAUACAACACAACGAGCAUUUGAUUUAAUUUUAUUAGUUUUAUCCUAAGGCGAGAAAGGUUUACAUAACAAACAACAAAUAAAUAAAUGAAACAAAACGCCGGUGCGCGGAACGAGUAGUGCAGCUUCGAAUUGAACUUUGCCACGAGUAUCGAUAUUUUAUUUUUACUUUGUAACCAUUUUGCUUGAAUAAAUAUGUGCAACGUGCUUUUAACAUAA